GAGCAUCGCAUUGUGUAGUACCUCAAGUAACUUUUGCAUCUCUCGAAUUUGAACCUUGGACAAGCAGCUCUCGCUAUAUCCACAAAAUCCCCGUACAUCACAAACGAAACAACAAAUCACCCACAAUGACUGUCACAAACGGAAAUGGAACUCGCGUUUCCAUACGCGCACCCAAUCCUCCUGUAGAAGACAGCGUCUUCAAGAUGUUCAGAAUGGACGGUAAGACUGUCAUAAUAACAGGAGGCGCGGGAGGCAUUGGAUAUGAGAUCGCCAGAGGUUUGGCAGAAGCAGGUGCCAACAUCGCCAUAUGGUACAACUCCUCGAAAUCUGCCGAAAAGCUCGCCGCAUCCAUCACCAAAGACUUCAACGUAAAGACCAAGACAUACCAAGUAGCAGUAGAAGAUUACGCCGCCGUCGAGAAGGCCGUUGCCGAGGUCGUGCAAGACUUUGGCCGUUUGGAUGUCAUGAUCGCGAACGCUGGUAUCCCUACAAAAGCUGGUGGUCUCGAUGACAAGAUCGAGGACUGGAACCGCGUGAGAGCCAUCGACUUCGAUGGCGCAUACUACUGUGCCCGAGCAGCCGGUCUCGUGUUCAGGAAACAAGGACACGGAAACUGCAUCUUCACAGCAUCCAUGUCCGGCCACGCGGCCAAUGUCCCGCAAGAACAGUCUUGCUACAAUGCCUGCAAAGCGGGUGUCAUCCACCUCACCAAAUCACUGGCCGUCGAGUGGGCCAAGUGGGGAGGAAGGGUCAACUGCGUCAGCCCUGGAUAUAUUGACACUGCCAUUUCGGGGGAUUGCCCGUUUGAGAUGAAGGAAGAGUGGUUUAGCUUGACGCCCAUGAAGCGUGAUGCCGAUCCUAGGGAGUUGAAGGGCGCUUAUCUAUACCUGGCGAGUGAUGCUAGUACCUACUGCACGGGUACCGAUAUUGUGGUUGAUGGAGGCUAUGUAUGCAGAUAA